ACUUCUCCAGCAGAUGGUAUGUAUCUAUUUUGUCCUUUUUCGUUCACAUUUAGACCUUUUUGUGACCUAAAUCUCACCACGCAGGUGAUCUGUGUAUUUCUCAACUGUGCAGAUCUCUCUGGGAAAGUCUUCACCUUUCCGCAAGAGUCCAACACCAUCCACGCAAAACUUGUCCCCAAUAAAAGUGUGAACCUGCAGUCCAUCACCGUCUGCCUUCGCUUCUUUACUGACCUGUCGAGGAGCCAGAGCAUCUUCUCGCUGGCCACGCGGUCCAGCGACAACGCCUUUAUUUUAUACAAACCUCAAUAUGACGUGUACCACAUGAAUGUCAUGGACAAAGUGACUGAUUUCUGGGGGCUGCCAGAUAAACUGAGCGAGUGGAUCUCCCUCUGUGGAACUUGGGAGUCGAAGACAGGUCUAGCCCAGGUGUGGGUGAACGGGAAGCCCAGCUCCCGAAAGCUACUCCUGCGUGGAGGUGAGCUCGCUGCACCACACAGCAUAGUUCUGAGCCAGGAUCAGGACAACUAUGGCGGCGGCUUCGAUGCCAAGCAGUCGUUUGUCGGCCAUAUCAAGGACGUGCACAUGUGGGACUACGUCCUGUCCCCGCAUGACAUUCAGCACUUCACAGAUGGGUCUACGUUCGGACCGGGAAAUGUGCUCAAUUGGAGGGACAUGGAGUACACGACUCAGGGUGUUGUAGAGGUGGAAGACGAGCAGAAGAUUUAA